CGCGCUUAGUAGACUUGCACGAAAGCAGAAGCGUCCCAGCGCUGACGCUCAUGCACUCAGAACUUCGGACAUGGCCCCUCUUUCGAAUACCGUUUUCAGAAUCUUCGGAGCUCUUCUAGUGGUUUUCAUACUGAAACACUCUGCUGACGCCAAGAAAGUAUUGAACAUCAAUGAUAAGGUCAAGGACUUCGUUCAGAAACUGGGAAGACAACACAACACGAAAGUUGUGUGGUGGGACAUGCAUGGCAAGCCAGAGAAGCUCCUCAGUAAAGGGGACGACUACAAAAAGUACCAAGUGUCGGCCAAGGCAGAUCCAAUGCGCUACGGCCCACGGUCAAACGGCACAGAGAAACCGGACACCGUGUAUGUGGCGACGUUCAGGAACGAGCAGCCUUCGCAAUCUCAGAAGGUCAUCAUAGAGCGCAAAACGCGCCGAGAGAGGCACGCCUCCUGGCAGUCUACAAAAUCCAUCCACCUCGACGUCAACGUCAGGACGUCGCUUUCGCUGUCGGGAAUCUUCAACUUCAGAGCUGGCGUCGACUACAGCUACGACCUGACGAGCGGCGAGAGCCACGUGGAAAAGGAAGUCGUGGAGUUUUCAAUCAAAAAAGAGAUAACCAUCCCUCCUCGGACUAAAGUUGAAGUAGAGUGGGUAAUCACUGAAUCUGUUGAGCGUUAUCCGUGGAAAUCAGACGUUCUACUAGACGGGUGGUUCGCGCUCUGGUUCGAGAAACGCGUGCACAACCACCAUCUCUGGUUCUACCCGAUCGACGUGAUCAAGGACCCUGACCUCAAACUGCACGAACCGUCGGGGGUGGUGUACACCACCGAAGGAAUCGCCGAGGGUGUCAAUUUGAUCAGGAACGAAUUGCGAGUCCGGCAGCACGAUCUCGUGCCGGAAACUUCGGCGUCAGCGAACACAACCACCUAUCGGCUGAAAGGGGGAGACGUUGUGUCCAGAACGGUCAACGAGCCAUCGGUUGUUGGCGUCAAAGCUUGGCUCUAGAGCGAAGGCGCCACCGCGUCCGCGACAUGUGCAGCUCAUCUUUAUGAGGAAACUUUAGCACUUGCCCUCCUUAUUCGAAUGCACGUGAGACGCAGACGUUCUCUCAUUAGGCAACCGCAGAACCGAGUUGAAUAAAACUUGUUGAAUUUGUUGAAUUCAAAGGAACGAGUUCUAUAGUGACGGUAGGCAGGCUUUUUUUUUUUAUCCUUAAUGUAGACCACUAUUUCUCUUAGAUUAGCCAGGGCCGGAUUAGGAAAUACGAAGCGCCCCGUUCCUCCGCGUCCUGAUAAAUGGGCCUCUUUCAACAUAUCGCAUGGGUUGGGCACGGGGCUGCAGCCCCCUAGAUAGCGAACCAGCACAGUGUUUCUUGCACGGCGUGUAUCGAAGCGCGAAGCGGUGGAGAAUAAGGCUUUUUACUUAUGCUAGCGCACGUGGUUUAUAUGCGGUUUAUAGGAUACAUCAUUAUCGAGCAGGGUAUUCUGCAGUUUAGAUUUAAAUAUCGGCGAUAUUACGGCAUUUCUACUAUAGUUGUGUGACAUAAAGAACUUUGUCUCCUUGCCAGGUCUUCUGGCAUAGCUAAAGAAUAUCAGGUGUGACUAACCUUACUGCCUAUAGUUUCCACAUUUACCUGGUUCCGCGGGCUCUCGAAGGGGAUAAUCAACCUCGCGGCAGCGUGCCGAAGCAUCCUAUGAUACCGUGACAGUAAUAACGAGCAUGCGCUUUCAUCGUGGCUGACGGUAAUGUGCGCACGCCGUCCGAAGACGCCGAGCUUGAAGCAGCGGCCGGUUAACGUGGGCACGAGAGCGGUUCACUAGGAGCACAUGUUCAACUAUCACGCGGCGAGUUGUUGCAAAUCAGGCAACCUUUUUUUUAUUAUUUAUUUGUGCAAUAAAUGAAAAAAAAGCUAACGAAAAGCUAAAAAAAAUGUUCGAAGUUUAAUAAUCAAGCUUUCAACUUCGUAACACCGUAAGAAUAGCAAAUAUCGCGCUUCUCUAAACAGCGUCUAUUAUUAGUGCGUUUAAAAGCGUAAGAAAUGUAUGGUCUACGAAAUUUUUGUUGUUUCCAGAACUUCAUUAGCUCGCUGUCGCAGCUUCAUUAUCUGGCUAUCCGCAGGCAAGAUUUUUUUCUUUUCUUUUAAAGCAAGAAUUUAACAUAAGCACACAAACAGUGUCUUUACGGGCACCGCCACGAAAAAAAAAACGAAAAAAAAAAACAAAAAACAGUCCAGUACCUGGGUAUGUCGUCCGCCAAACAAGAGUGAAGGAGUACGCACAAAUCCUUUCAUAUAUGCAGGGUGUUUCAGCGAACACUUUCAAAAUUUUUGAAAGGUUGCCGGUGGCAGAUAUCACAAUUCUAGUUCAUGAGCUGGACUAUCCGAAGAAGCGCACAUUAAUUGCACAAGCAACUGAAAUGCAUAAUCGAUUAAUUACAAAAUUCACAAAUUACAUUUUUAACUAAUCACCUUAUGGCCCAUAUUGCAAUGCACAAAUUCUAGCCGUGGAGUCAGCAAGGCGGAACCACUUGGAACGAAUUAUCAGGAUGACACCAGCUUCAAAUAUUAAUUCCAGAACUUUGUGGAGAAAUGGAUUGACGUUACAGUUACUUUUGUGCUUCGAUGCAUAAAACGACGCUUUGUUAAGAAAGUGAAUCAAACCCCUGACCUCGUGCUCAGCAACAGAACGCUGACUGAGCCACCGCAGUGGGUCUCACCUAGGUGUAUACCUUUCAUGCUACUUC